CAGCCUUUUUGUCCGACAUCUUAGUGAGGCUGCAGGGGUGGACGCUCCUCUCCCAGCUUCGCUAUGCCGCCCAAGGAUGACAAGAAGAAGAAGGAUGCCGGAAAAUCGGCCAAAAAAGACAAAGACCCAGUGAACAAAUCUGGGGGCAAGGCCAAAAAGAAGAAGCGGUCCAAAGGCAAAGUUCGGGACAAGCUGAAUAAUUUGGUCUUGUUUGACAAAGCGACAUAUGACAAACUCUGUAAAGAAGUUCCCAACUAUAAGCUUAUAACUCCAGCUGUUGUCUCGGAGAGACUGAAGAUUCAAGGUUCCCUGGCCAGGGCAGCCCUUCAGGAGCUCCUUAGUAAAGGACUUAUUAAACUGGUUUCAAAGCACAGAGCUCAAGUAAUUUACACCAGAAACACCAAGGGUGGAGAUGGCCCAGCUGCUGGUGAAGAUGCAUGAACAAGAUCCACCAACUGUACAUUUUGGAAAAUAAAAUUUUAUUUAAA